AAAAGAGAUAAAGGAGAAUGCGGCAACGUCGGUUGGUGAAGGAGGGGGGAAGAAAACUCGUAUAUGCGUGGUGGCGUCGAACAAAACAACGCAUAACGAAAAUCUUCACUUCCGAAAAUCGAUUAUUCUGAUUCUUUCACAUCCAACCAAAACCCUAAUCUCCACUCUCAUUCUUCUCCAAUGAACUAUCAAAUGAAUGGUGAAGAUGCACGCAGAGAUUUAAAAAGAAAGCUCCCUCAGAUGGAUCGAGGGCAAGAACGGAGACCUUAUAAUUAUAAUACGAAUUCUACAACUUACGAUAGGAAUGCGCUUCCUCCUGGUUGGUUAGGCUGCCCAGCACAUGGGCAAGAACUAGGAUGCAUAAUCCCUUCAAAGGUUCCACUUGGUGAAUCAUUCAAUGAUCACAUUCCAAAUAAUAAAUAUACUCCCAAGCAAGCAAUUCUUCAACAGAGAGCUUUAGGUAGAGAACUUGGUUUAGUGAUUGAUCUGACAAAUACUACUCGUUACUAUCCAUUAUCAGAUUGGAGAAAAGAAAGAAUACAACAUGUCAAGAUAAGAUGCCAAGGAAGAGAUUCUGUACCUGAUGACGAAUCUGUACAAAAGUUUUGCAAUGAGGUUCUGGAUUUUCGCUCCCGAAGACCAAACGCAGAGAAAUAUAUACUUGUACAUUGCACUCAUGGGCAUAAUCGUACAGGUUAUAUGAUUGUUCAUUUUCUUGUGCGUACAGAAUCAAUUUCUGUCACUGAGGCAAUACAUAAAUUUUCUCAGGCACGUCCUCCAGGAAUAUACAAGCAGGAUUACAUCGACUCCUUGUACAUGUUUUUUAAUGAAAGGAAGCCUGAAAGUCUUGUUUGUCCACAAACUCCAGAAUGGAAGAGUCUUCCUGAUCCUGACUUUCAUGGUGUAUCUGUCUCAGCUACUGACAAUUAUGCAGACAUUUUACAGGAGGAGAAUAUUGUGAGGAAUGAAGUAAUGACAAAUGAUGAUGUUUUGGGAGAUCCUAUUCCUUCAAACCAGCUACGUGCAAUGCGAGAAGUUUGCUAUCAACUGCUCAAGUUGGGCACAGGGGGAAAAGGACUGCAUUUUCCCGGAUCACACCCUGUUUCUCUGAACAGGGAAAAUUUGCAACUCUUAAGACAGAGGUAUUACUAUGCCACAUGGAAAGCUGAUGGGACACGGUAUAUGAUGCUAAUCACUGGGGAUGGAUGUUAUCUGAUUGACAGAAAAUUUCUUUUCCAAAGGAUCUCUAUGCGGUUUCCUUGCAGAUACUCUAAAGGGGGUACACCUGAGCGGAAUCACCACUACACAUUACUAGACGGGGAGAUGAUUAUUGACACGGAUCCACAUACACAUAAGCAAGAAAGAAGAUACCUCAUUUAUGAUUUGAUAGCAAUCAAUCAAGUCUCUCUGACACAGAUGCCAUUCUAUGAAAGGUGGAAGUUGCUGGAGAAAGAAGUAAUUGAGCCUCGUAACAUGGAACGAGAAGCCCUUUCCAAGAGUGCAAGUCCUUACUAUAUAUACGACUUGGAACCUUUUGGUGUAAGGAGGAAGGGUUUUUGGUUACUAUCUACUGUGUCAAAGCUCCUUCAUAAAUUCAUUCCAGGCCUCUCACAUUCAUCAGAUGGUCUUGUGUUCCAGGGUUGGGAUGAUCCGUAUGUCCCUCGCACACAUGAAGGUCUUCUGAAGUGGAAAUACCCUGAGAUGAACUCUGUUGAUUUCCACUUUGAGGUGGGAGCUGGUAAUCGACCCCUUCUUUUUCUGUUUGAACAUGGAAAGAAGAAGUUAAUGGAAGGGAAUACUGUUAUUUUUAAAGAUGCAGAAGAUAUUUCUUUCUAUUCAGGGAGGAUUAUUGAGUGCUACUGGGAUGCUGCGGAGCAUCACUGGGUCUGUAUGCGGAUCAGAACGGAUAAAGCAACUCCAAAUGAAUUCAUUACCUAUAAAAAGGUAAUGCGAAGCAUAAAGGAUAAUAUCACAGAAGAGGUCCUGUUGAAUGAGAUUAGUGAGAUCAUUCGACUACCCUUGUAUGCGGACAGAAUAGACAGGGAUAUCAAGGCUCACCAGCAUAUGGUCUCAUCACGGCGCAAGUGAGUUAUCACAAAAGCAAAGCACGUCCAAUAUGUGGUAGUACUUAAUUGAAGAGCAAUCAAGACUAAGUGAACACAAGCAAAGCCGUACAAGUUUUGUUGCCAUUCAUUCUCAAUAUCAUCCCUUACCUACCUUGGAGAAGAGGUUUAGGUUCUCUGAUAUUGUUUGUGGUUACUAAUUGUUGUUGUAUAUUAGCAAUUUUGCCAAUUUUCUUUAUUAUUUUUUAGCAUAAAACAAAGUCAAGUUCCUGAGAGAUUGUUGAAAAAAAAAGCUCAACACAAAUGGUUCUGAAGGGGAUAUACAAAUAUUCCACCUGCUACAAAUUAGAUUCUCUUCCCCUUUUGUAACCCAAAAAAGAAAAGAAAUAAGAUGUGUGGUAUUUUGACACAAUUGUUCCACAAUAA